GGCAGUCUAUACCCGAUCCUAGGCACCACUGGAGUGUCUGCGCAGCCCCAUUCAUAAUUUUGUUGCGCCGAAUGCACUCGUAAUUUUGCCUACCAUCAAGCGCCACCCCAUCAAAUGGUUUCCAAAGUCCCUGCGACGGCCCAGAUUUUACAUUGACGGUGUAACUAAAUAGGCAGGGUUCCCGCUACAAAAGAGGCUUCGAAGAUCUUUGAGAAUCAAUACUCGGGCCGUAUGCUGUUUUCCCCCUCCGGUUUAGAAAGCAUUUGGACGCUGGUUUGGAAAUGGAAGGGUGAACAUCUGCAACCUUGAAGGAAUUUCGCGAGACCUUUCCGCCCAUAUCGGCAGACUCCCGCUUUCGUCUGCAACGCAUGGCCUGUAAAAACAGGCUUUCCUAGCAAAAUACUAGUCGAUUCCAUAUCAACAAAGCACUCGGAGAUCAUGGCGUUCGCUAACCAGUAAAUUAUAAGAUCUCAAUAAGGACAGGCGAGCUACCUCGGGUGCCAUACCGAACGUCCUUUAAUAACCAUGUGGGGCACUCAGCAAGUUCCUCCUUGGAAGCGGUUCGAACUUGUUUGGUCCAGGAACCAACCAGCGUCUCCGUCGGAAAAAAAAGAGAAAAAGAAACGAAAAUCCAGCAGAAGUGACGUCGGCUUGGGUAGACCCCUGAUUGCAUGCAGACGUUUCCCGUCCCAUGUUCCCUGUACACUGAAGGCAGAAUCCGUGAACGUGGGGCAUCUAUAAACGAUGGAAUGGAGAUCAUUUACGGAGUACUGACCGUGAAAUUUCCAAAGCAAAAGGAAUUUCGGGCAAACUGGGCUGAGAGGCUCUUAUCAAGCACCGGAGUAUAUCUCGUUAGGGCUAAGGCAGAUCGUCUCGAGGAUGCAUACAACCGGGAGGGAAGAAUAACUGAGGUGCACAUGCAUACAAAACUCAAUGCCGCGGUCGCGGUUCAACUUGGGCCAAUUUGUUCGCAACAAAUAGAUCCAGCCCUCCGUCAAAACCGACUAGCUACAUCAUAG